GUAUCGAUUAAAUUUUUGGUUUUCGGAGUGUUUACCGCGCGCCUCCAUCAUCCUCUUCGCCACCUAUCUAGGGUUUUCAGACCCCUUUCUGGGAUUUUCCUUGGGAUUUCCGAGCUCGUCAAAAUGACCUUCCGAUUCAUCGACGUCGGAGCCUCUUCUCCUUCCUCUUCUUUUUCUUCUAGGGCUCCGAACUGCAACCAACUCUCCUGCUUCUUCAGUUCUGUGCCAUCCAAAGCCCCAUACCUUCAUCGUCCUUCCAACACUUCUUCUUUGUCACUCUCUCGGAGCCGCAUGGACUGCUCUCUAAGAGCCGCCAUCGAAGAUACCAAUGGUACAUGCCACGGCAAAGUCGAAAUCGGGCAUUCGAUUUUGACGGCUUUGUCGCCGUUGGACGGCCGUUAUUGGGGUAAAGUCAAGGAAUUGGCUCCUUUUAUGAGCGAAUAUGCCCUAAUCUACUACAGAGUUUUCGUUGAGAUAAAAUGGCUGUUGAAACUUUCACAAAUCCCUGAGGUCACAGAGGUGCCCAGUUUCAGUGGAGAUGCUCAAUCUUACUUGCAAGGAAUCAUCGAUGGAUUUAGCGUCGAUGAUGCAGCGGAAAUAAAGAAGAUUGAGAAAAUUACUAAUCAUGAUGUGAAAGCAGUGGAGUAUUUUUUGAAACAGAAAUGCAGUUCGCAUCCAGAGAUAGCUAAGGUGCUUGAGUUUUUCCAUUUUGCUUGCACAUCUGAGGACAUCAACAAUCUUGCUCAUGCGUUGAUGUUGAAAGAUGCUAUCAACAAUGUUAUGUUUCCCGUCAUGGAUGAGUUGGUUGAGGCAAUUUGUGACAUGUCAAAGGAUAACGCGUCCGUUCCCAUGCUUUCUCGCACGCACGGUCAGACUGCCUCACCCACCACUUUGGGGAAGGAAAUGGCAAUUUUCGCUGUCAGGUUAAGCAUACAAAGGCGCAGAAUUUCUCAGGUUGAAAUCAUGGGGAAGUUUGCUGGUGCAGUAGGAAAUUACAAUGCUCAUCUUGUUGCAUAUCCUGAUGUUGAUUGGCCUCAGAUUGCUGAAGAGUUUGUAACAUCUCUUGGAGUGAGUUUUAAUCCUUACGUUACUCAGAUUGAGACUCAUGACGAGGAGGAGGCGAAGACGCUUGAGAGCUCUCCAAUUCCAUGUCUCUGAAUUGCUUGGUAAAGACAACAAAAUGCAAAUAUUAAUGUUACUAAAAAAAGAAUGAUCGGUGGGGAGCCUUACUAGCUCUUUUUUUUUUUCCUUCGUCUUUUCUCUUGGAGAAGAUGGGUGGGGACUAAGCAGUAAGGCUCCCCAUUUUAUAGCAGCAAGCCACACAAGCUUCCAUCCUUUACGGGUCCACAAAAGGAGGAGGACUUGCAUAUAUGCUAAUUCUCUUCACACCAUGUGAGACCAUGUAUAGGUACCCAAAUUCGAAUUUGAAAUCUCGUUCAGCA